AUGAAGGGGUUGCCGGUGAAUGAGGUUCCCUCGGUGGGGAGGCUCAAUUGGCUGCUGCUUUGUGCAGUGUGCCUGGUGGAAGGGAUGGACAUGAACCUGCUGCCGUCAUCUUUUCGUGCGAUGGAAGCUGAACUUGGGUUUUCGCCAACUAGCCUGGCCAUUUUUCAAGCACUUCAAGGUGCUGCCCAGGCACUCUCUGGGAUUGCUUGGGCGAAUCUGAUUGACAGUGGCCAUUCAUGCAAGCAGGUGGUUUGCAGCGGAGUUCUUGGAUGGGCCGUCGCCAACUGCAUUCUGGCGUUCAGCGAGUCCGUGACUAUGAUCUGCGCCUUCAGGGUCUUCAAUGGCCUUUGCCUUGGAAUGGUACUGCCAGUGGUGCAGUCUCAGAUUGCGACGCAUGUGCGUCCAGAGUUCAUGGGCAGUUACUUUGGCCUCCUUGCUGCAUCAAUGGGGCUUGGGAAGAUUAUCGCCCUUGCGAUUGCCGCACCAUUGGCCGAGGCGAGGCCAUUCGAGCUCCAAAGCCUAGCGGUUUCGUACCAACAAGUCCUCGGAAACGCUCCGUGCACACAUCCCUGGUCUUGCAUGGGAAGCCAAUGCAAGUCACCUUGA